AUGCGUGUUCUUCUACUCGGUGGUCACGGCAAAGUCGCCCUCCACCUUACUCCGCUCCUGCUCAACCGAGGCUGGAGCGUAACCAGCGUCAUCCGCAACCCCGAGCACGAAAGUGAGAUCCUAGAUCUGGGUCAUGGCCUCAAGGGCACUGUCAAUGUGUUACUUUCAAGUCUCGAGGAUGUGAAGAGUCCCUCAGACGCCCAAAAGAUCAUCGACACGGUUACGCCGGACUAUGUCGUCUGGUCGGCUGGCGCCGGCGGUAAAGGCGGGCCAGCACGCACAAUCGCGAUCGACCAAGAAGCAGCGAAGCACUUCAUGACCGCAUCCUUCGCCGCACCAGGCAUUAGUAAAUUCCUCAUGGUAUCAUACCUCGGUAGUCGACGCAACCAGCCGAGCUGGAUGCCCAGCGAGGAAUGGGCGGGAAUGGUAAAGACCAACACUGAGGUACUUCCAACGUACGCAAAAGCCAAGCUAGAGGCCGACGAGUACAUGACAGCACUGGCUGCGCAGCGUAAGCGCGCGCCUGGAUCAGCACCACCUUUCCAGGCUAUUAACCUGCGGCCUGGGAUUCUGACUGACCAGCCUGCAACGCGGAAGGUCGAUCUGGGAAUCACGCCUAAGGCUCGGGGAAGUGUUACUCGGGAGGAUGUGGCUAUUGUAGCAGAUCAGUUGCUUGCUAGGGCUGAUACGGAGGGAUGGAUUGAUCUUGUUAAUGGGGAGGAGGUAGUUGAGGAGGCUGUUGGGAGGGUUGCGAGGGAAAAGGUUGAUGCUGUUGCUGGGGAGGAUGUUGAGGCUAUGAUCAAGAGGUUUUUCCCUUAA